AUGAGACCUUUAACAGAAGAAGAGACCAAAGUUGUCUUCGAAAAGCUAGCCAAUUAUAUUGGAAGAAACAUUUCCUUCCUGGUCAACAACAAAGAGGACCCUCAUGUUUUUCGUCUUCAGAAGGAUAGAGUCUACUAUGUCAGUGAAAACGUAGCCAAGUUUGCCGGUUCUGUGGCAAGACAAAACCUUAUGUCCUUAGGAACUUGUUUGGGAAAGUUCACCAAGACUGGAAAGUUUAGAUUACACAUCACAGCAUUAGAGUACAUCUCACAGUACGCAAAAUACAAGCUCUGGGUCAAACCCAAUGGAGAAAUGCCUUUCUUAUAUGGAAACAAUGUUCUAAAGGCUCAUAUUGGUAAAAUGAGUGAAGAUAUCCCUGAACAUGCUGGACUUGUGAUUUAUUCUAUGGCCGACGUUCCUUUGGGAUUUGGAGUAUCUGCUAGGUCAACGACUGAAGCCAGAAAUCUGCAACCCACAGCUAUUGUCGCUUAUAGACAGGGUGAUAUUGGAGAAUAUUUGAGAGAUGAGGAUACUUUGUUCACGUAA